AUGAUCUUGAUUUUGCCCUCUCUUCCCUCAGCGAGCUUCAUGCCCGCAAACUCAGGGUUGACCCUGGUAACUUCAAACUCCUGUCCCAUGCCAUUCAGGUAA